GCCUUUCAACACACUCUCGUCAACCUUGCAUCACAUUCGUCGCACCAUAGCCAUUGACACGUUGCCGACCCCGCGGAUUUCCAACUGGAAUAAAAGACAACAAAAGCGCAGGCCUUCGGGCCAGUCCCUUGCCAUGUCUCUCGUCAACCUCUCCCACGUCUGCUCGCAUCUCCAGAAUGCUUCGCUUGCGCGAUUGGGACUCACAUCGAUCCCCUACACACGUCUACAUCUUAGUCUCUCGCUACUGCUGCUGAAGCAAGGCUUCUUCUCCUCCGUCAAACUCGCCGGCCCAGCACCACCCGCCUCCAGCUUCCCAACCGGCACCCCCGACCACAACUUCAUCACAGCACACCCUCCCUCCGAGCGCCAUCAACACACACCGCAAGCCGCGCUCCAAUGGAUAACAAACCAGGGUCCUGCGGGGACGGCGGAGGGGCUAAGAGAAGAUGGGUUUGGGGACUCGGCGAUCGCGUAUGCAAUGGAAAAGCGGUUGAAGAACAGGGCGCAGCUGGAGAAGGAGGGGUGGAAUGAUGCCGUUGCAGACUUUUUAUUGAAAAACAGCUCGAAAGAUGCGCAGCAGAUGCGCGAGGCGGGACACAGCGAAGAAGCGAUCGCCAUCAUGGAACUCUACAGGCCUCAGGUCAAGGAGCGCACAGAGCUGGUACGGCGGUGGUAUGGUGAUCGAGAGGAGUUUGAAAGAAGCGAAGCAGAAGCCGAGACAGCUGGAACGCGAGCAGCAAGACCUUACGACGCUACGCUUCGACGCCGACUAUACGAGCAGGUCUCUCUAUUGGACUUUGACGUGCAAACGCUUCGCCACUUCGCUGGCGACAGCCGAUAUCUUACAUGGCGAGAGCUAGCCCUGGAGGGGGUUGAUGUCGACGCCAUGGGGCUCACAAUACCUGGUCAGGCUUUGGAACCUCCUGCGCCGAAGUCUGCGGCAGAUCCGUGGCAGCUGGAAGAAGAAGGCGUUGUCACUCAAGCAAAUCGAGCUUCAAGGCGGCUCUGGCUAGGCUUGAAGUACUACGACGGCCUGCCUGUGUUGCAGCACGCGAAGAUGGUGUCAAAACCUAAGAAAAGAAUCAACAUGAGCCCUGGGUACCUGGAAAAGCUGGUUCGCGGCCGAAACGCCGGUGAGGUCAGACCUUUGACCCAGGUGGGCGAAAUCAUGGCCGUGAAGACGGAUCUGGGAGUGCUGGAGAUUCGAGAGUGCGUGGAAAGGAAGAUGGGGGGCCAGAUCCUCUGCCGAGUUUGGUAGCCUGGAGGACCGCGGUCAAAAGCAGAGCUACCAUCCAGAACUCGGUUUUGGGUUACUGGCUAAGCUACAUCGCGAAAACUCCUCCGCUCUCGACGACCUGUCCAUCAGCGUUCGCGGGUUGACACGAGCGAGAAGGCUUCGUAUCCUCUACGGAUGCUGGGGACGGGUCAGAGCCGCCCGAGCAGAGGCGAAGCAGUCGAAGUAGCGAGAUGUACUAUCCGAGAGCGAUGCAUAUUUUACGUCCAGGCGGGUGAGACAACGAUGAAUAGACAAACACUGUAUUUUAUGCAAAGAUCCGAGCAAGCUGCCGGAUAAAGUUCUGUGCACGAUUCUACAUGAAUGAGAUCCGAGAAUGAGGGUUCUGGUGUAUAU